CCGGGUGCGGGGCUGCAGGAGGGCCCGGCAGGCGAGGCCCGGCCUGGCGGCGGGGCUGGGCUCGGUCCCCGGUGGAGCCUCUCCCCGCCCGCGGCUUCUACCGCCGCCGUUCCCGAGGCGUCGCGCACCUCGCAGCCUCUCCCGCUGCCCCAGGGCGGCCGCCGGCCUCUCCCAGCCGCUCGUCUUUGUCUGUCCCCGGGCCACGGGCCGCGACCCGUGGCCUGGCCCCACUGAGGGACUUGGAAGGAGCGAGGAGAGGCCGGAGCAGGUCUGCGGCCAGGCACGGUGCUGACACAGGUCACACAGUGGGGCCUGGGCAUGGCUGCAUCUAGCCAUAGGGGUGCAGCCCCACUCCGUGGAAGUGCAGCGUCUGCACUCGGUCGGACACCACCGGGCAGUAGGAAGCAAACAGGACGAGGUUUUGUCGGCCUUCUCAAUUGGCCAACCUGCUCUGCUACCCUGCCUGUGCCAUGGCUUCCAGUUCUUGCCAUGCUGUGCUGCAGCUUCCUCACGCUGCCACAUUUUUCUGUUGUCUAAAGCUCCCGUGCAUGACUUUGUAUCACAACUGCCUCUGUUUCCCCUCUCAGAUUUCUUCUUUCCAGCUACAGAAUAAAGAGAAGGCUCUGGGGAGACCUUAUUGUCGCCUUUCAAUAUAUAAUGGGGGCUGAUAAGAAAGACUUUUUUAACUGGGGGCCUGUAGUGACAGGAAAAGGGACAAUGGUUUUAAAUUGAAAGAGGGUAGAUUUAGAUGGGACAUAAGGAAGAAAUUUUUUACCAUGGGGCUGGUAAGGCACAGGUUUCCCAGAGGGGUUGUGGCAGCCUCAUGGUUGGAAGCAUUCAAGGUUGGAUGGGACUUUCAGCAACCUCAUCUAGUGAAAGAUGUCUGUGCCCAUGGCAGGACUGGGGCAAUAUUUGAAGGUCCCGGCCAACCCAAAUCAUUCUAUGAUUCCCAAAUUUCAGCACCUGAUAAGUUCCCAAACUGUUCUAUAAAUGAGGAACAGUGGCUAUUUUGAUGAAAAACCAAAAAAAAAAAAAAAAAACCAAACUCAGAGUGCAUGCGAAAAAAAAAUCUGGAUUUACGAAAAACAUCUAGAUUUUUAUGAGACACUCAUGCAGUUGAGGUGCAUCAUUUGGAAGUACUGAGUCAACCAAGAGAACAGGACACACUUAUUUUUGGCUUGGGAUGCAAAGGUUCGCAGAACAUGAACCUGAUGCUUGUCUAUGUUUAAAUACUGACAUCAAUAUUCAUUAAAAAUUGCUUAGGAUUGUUAAAUAAUCAGAGUUAAAUGCAGUGGUUUCCACAAUUGUUGAAAGAAGAGGAAACAAAAUACUUUUUUAUGCUUUGCUGCCCUUGAGCAAACUUACCACAACUUUUCCUUCCAGCUUGAUAUGGCGGGAAGACAGUUCUGUUGUCCCCACUGUACGUGCUGAACUGUUUUAUGAUUUAUUCCCAGUCCCUUUUAAAUGGUUCUGUUGAGUAAUUGUUCUACAGGCCUCAUAUCCAAAUGUUGCUCCACUGAGAUAUGUGUUGUUGACCAGGAGAAUUAGCCAUUGCAAGAGAGACAUUUGUGUAAAUAAGAAAAUGUGUUCACAUGAGAUGGAAAAACAAGACGAAGGAUCAGUGGCAUACCUACCCACUGAGUGGGUGGUGUAGUCAGCUGAAGGAGGGGAAAGCCUUUGCUAAAGGCUUUCACAGAGGCUGCAAGGGAGCACAGCUUAAAGUCCUGAAAAAAAGGGUAAAAAAAUGGGGAAAAAUGCAGUAGCAACUGUGUCCAGCCUGCUCUCCACCAGCUGGAAAUGGUGCUUGGGGUGUAUGCCUGGAAAAUAAUCACAGGUAGGGAAAAUGGGACCCAGGAUCAAAUUGUCAGUAAGGCAGCUGCAGGAGUACCGCACUGAGGAAGGUUACGUUAAUAUUUACAUGCCAACGCAAAAGAAGAUGCUGAUCCUUGAACAGGACAAUAAUCAACCUCCCAGAGGGUGGAGGUGGGUAUGAAAAAGGAAGAGGACCUAUAGCUGUUUGGGAAUGUGGUUUUUUUCUGUUGCUCAGAAGUACUUCCAGAUCUUUGGAGUGGCAGGGCUGAAGGAAAUGGAAAUGAAGCUAGUUGCUGACUGGGUAAGGAAAAACUGUGAAGACGGCCAGGGGUGCAUUGAUAAAAGCUUUGAAACAUCCUAUGCACAGAGGUGAGCAUCAUCAGAGUAACAGCAAUAAAAGGCUGGAGGAUGACAGCAGGAUGGUUUGUUGUGAAUAAUCUAUAGGAGUUUAAUUCAUACCAAACUAAUUUAUAAUGAGGAUUUUAAUCAUAGUUUGAAUCAAGUGAGCAAAUUUGAAUUAAGUAAGCGAUGUUAAUCAUAUCAUAUAGGCAUACUUCUUAAGGGGUUUCUUUCCUAAAGGAAAGAUUGAUUCUUAUUGUUUGCUGAACAUUCAGAAAUCUUGAACUAAGAGUAGUCUUUUCAUAAAAUAAUCAUUUUUUUUGUUAGUGAGGAGAAUACACUGCAUAUACACACAAGCAGUUGUAUAAGUUAACAUGCAUUUAAUUAUUUAUUUAACCCACAUAAAUUAUCAAUGUCAUGAUUUUGUAAGCUGUUGAAUUACACUUGCUAUUUAUUAAAUAAUUCCUUUCUUUAUUCCAGACUUGACAAGAAGUUUGUUGAAUGUAGUGGAAAAUAAAAAAACUAGAAUUUUCAAUUUGUCUUGUGAGUGAAAUAUGAUAAAUAGAUCUCAGAAAUGCUUUAUGUUUAAAGCUGAGCUAUUUAUUAAACAAAGUUUAAGAAACUGAGAUUAUAAUAAAUCUCACACCUAAUGACUAUUCGGAUUUGAAGGGGAAAUUUCUGGCUUUAAUAUUGUCUAAGUUUAUGGUUGAUUUUCUUUAAGAUCUUGGCAACAGGUAUACUGUGCUUCCAUUUAUUUUUUUAGUGUAAUGUAAGCCAAAUUAUUUUCAUAGGUUACUGGGAAUCUGGGCUUUAAAGUGGAUGGCUAUCUUUUCAUGGGUAAUUUAAACAGGUUUAACGGGGGGAAAAAUUACACUCAGCUUCAAAAUAUAUAUUAAGAAAUUUAUAGUUUAAAAAAAAGAACUACAAAGGAAAUAUUUGUGAACAACUUGGCGGGCUGCUCGUGUAGCCCCGGGUCGGCUCGGCAGGUUAAGGCCGGGGAUCCGCAGCCCUGGCCGUGCAGCAAGCCCCAGGAAAGGCAGCCCGGGGGCCCAGCCCAUUGUCCCCCGUCUCUCCCACCUCCCCCGGCCUUUCGGCACCGCGCAGGAGGGGCGGGGUGGGGCGCAGCGCUUCCCCGGGGCCAGUCGCUGUCUUGCCCCCGGCAGGGAGAGGCGGCAGCAGGCCUGGGGAGGGGUAAAGCGCGACCCCACCCGCCGUAGCAGCCGGCCUGGGAGCCCGCGGGAGGGGAGGUAGGGGCCCGGCUGGGAGCGGGCCGGGCUCACCCGGCGGCCCAAAAGCAGGGCUGGGGCGGGCUGAGGUGCUGCUCAGGGGGAAGUUGUUAGCUGGCGGGGGUGUAUCGCAGGUUGGGAAGAAGAAGGUGGUGUUGGGGCUGAGGGAGGUGUUAGAGGGAGGUUGAGGGUAGGUGACAUUGCUUUUCAUCACGCUGGUCUCUUUAUUAAGGUCUCCAGCUUGCAAGUCGCCAGCCUUCAGGUGUGUCACCUCUCUGUUUAGGUGGCGUUCAGUAGCAUGCGCAGGUUUGCCCCGUCAAGGCAGCCUGUGGGUACUGCUAAAAUGCGCUGCACCUGUGUCUGCCCCGUUCCUUCUCCCAUCUGUGUGAGGAAAGUUUCACACUCCAGGUCUCCUCAUCUCUUCUAGAUGGAGCCAGUAAUAGAGCCUGUGUUCUCUCUUCUCCAGGAGCCAGAGAAAAGCGAUAUUGAAGAAUGUGCAGGGAACUGCAUUUUGAGUGAAAACGAGAUAGAGAGAGCCCUCUCGGAACACCUUAAGCAGGAUGUACUGCCUCAGCUACCUGAAGCCCACAGCCCAGACUGGGGGGCAGCCAGUCCACAAAGGGAGCAGGAAGCAGCGUGUAAUAAACCCCCUCACCGAAAAAGAGCCUCCAAGAAACUCGCCCUUGUUGCCAAUGUUCAGAAACUGCACACCGAAGAGAAACCCUACAAGUGUACAGAAUGCGGUAAGGGCUUUAAGGGGAGCACCAGGCUCCUGAACCACCUGCAAACCCACACGGGAGAAAAAAUGUUUGAGUGUGUAGAAUGUGGGAAGAGAUUUAGCAGGAAGGCCAACCUGGUGAUGCACCAGAGAAUCCAUACAGGGGAGAGGCCUUACAAGUGCAAGGAAUGUGAGAAGGCCUUUAGCCGUUCCUCAAACCUUAUCGCCCACCACAAAAUCCAUGUGAAAAAGAAAGCCUUUUCCUGUACCUCGUGCAGGAAAAGCUUCAGCGGAAGCGCAGCUCUCUUCCAGCAUCAGAGAGUCCAUAUAGAUGAGAAGCCCUGUAGGUGUACCGAGUGUGGAGAUAGUUUUCGUCUAUGCUCAGACUUCAUCAAACAUCAACAGACUGAUUUGAGAGAGAGACCCAGUGAACGCACAGCAGAUGCAAACCAUUCUGAAGCUACCUUUCUGCAUCAUAAAGAAGAGCAAAGGUGUGGUACAGAGAAACAUACAAUGGAUCACUUGAGUCUUGUUCUUGAAGAGUGCAAAUACCACCUAUCUGACUGCCUUUUGGGAGACUCAUCUCGUGUGGAAGGGCAGCUGCUCCGAGACACACCAGAAGUUCACAAAGCAGCGUCUAGUCAUGUGAGGGCAGCUUUAAGCUACCCCUGCCCAAUGCUGGUGUUACUUUGGGAAGAGGUUGGAUGCCUAUGGGGUGAGCGGUGGCAGGAGGGCUAAGGAAGAAGGCAAGAUGACAUCAGGCUGGCAGCAAGAGCUGAAAUAUCAGAGGAUAUGAUUAGAAUUUGAAAUGACCUUGAUGAAUAGGGAAGAACGCCCUGAAGACCUGGAAGAUAAUUCGAUACAGAGAUGCUCAGGCUCCGUGCUGAGGUGGAAAUAAUGAGCUGCACAGCUCCUGGAGGGGAGCUGAGGUAAGGAGGCCUUGCAGUGGCUCACGGGGCAGGAAGAGUAUUUGACCAUGCUGGAAAGUGGUGGAAAGAAAGAAAAAAACCCUGGAAAGGUGAUUACAGUGUUUGGUGGUUCAAGGUAACUUGGACUGAACUGAAGCUAACUGUUGUGCUUAGCUUUUAUCUUAUUUUUAACAUAUUGUCACCCCGUUAGCUUUAUUAUGAAGAUAAGUGGGGUGGCAGAUAAACUGAACAUUAACUAAAUCCUUUUGCAAGUGUCGUUGCACCAUAGAUCAGGUUAUAUCACAGAACAGUUUCAGCAGAGUUUGUUAAUUCUCACUGUAUAAAAAUCUGCCUGGAUUUACAAAACACAAACAAACUUGUCCCUCACAGCAGAGGAGAAACUUUAAGCCUCUGUUGUCUUUUUCCAUGGUAAUGUAAUUAAAAAUACAAAUCAAAACCUCAAAAAAUACAAACUCAGUGCAAGUUUACAAGAUAUUUUUCAAGACAGCGUACUCGGAAUGUGUGUCUCAGAUUGCCCAGAAGCAACUUGUUGGACUAGACACAAAGAGAUGUAAUUUUCUUUGGAGCUGCUGCCUUGCUAGCGAAUGUCACCAAUUCUCAAAAUUGGCUUGUGAGGUUUGUGUAAGGAACUCCCUCUCAGAGGAUACAGCCAUAUCUAUGGAAAGUUACUCUUGCAAUGUGAUGAGUAACUUUGAGUGGUUUUGUACCAGCAGAGAAGUGCAACCCUGGCUCCUUCCCAGAUUACAGUUAGGUGAUGUGGAGUAGAGUCACAGAUGAAGAGGGUUACAUAUCCUGCACAGCUCUCUGGAUGUUCCUCACUUCAUCUACUGAGACACACAGCUGGGUUUCUAAGACUCUUAAGAAAUCAAAGAAAGUAAGGGUUGGAGGGACAGGCUUCAAGAGUAGAGCAAGGGUUUUGGAGGAUGCUGCUGCUUCUUGUCCAUCUUUGUGGCACUGAAUGAUAUAGAGGUAUCUGGGCCCAAAGGAGAAACACAUCUUUUCUAGUUCCCUCUCUUGAUCUGGUCAUUUUGGAUGAAGGAACAUGCCCAAGUUCCCUCAUAGUUCUUGGAGGAGUUGUUCAGAUGUGUCUGAGUCAUGACGGACAAAAAUACAAAUGGUCCUGUGCUCUGACUUGCUUAUAAAUGCGUUGGCUUUCAUCUGAAAGCAUUAUACUUGGGUUAGUGCUCUGCUAAGCCAAGGCUGGGUUUUACUGCCAAUGGGGCUGAGGGCUCUUUUAACAUUAGGUGGUAUUGCCAGAAUGACACAGCAGGGUGGUUUUGUCUCCCACGGGGACUGUGAUUCCUUAGUUAAUCUGUGCCUGGGAGCAGAGCUGUGCUUAACCUAGCUUCUAGACUCAGGGUGUCUCAUGUGAAGCAUCAGCGGUGUGACUAUGGGGCAGAUAAACUGUGUAUAUGGAGGUGCACUAUGGGUGGCUUCCCUAAUUAGUUGUUACUUAUCUUACAAACCCCAGAACUUUAAAGGUAUUGUUUUGUCUUGCCUUGCUCACAAGUGUCACAGCUAAUAAAAGGUUGCU